UCCGGCUUUGGCCCCUUCAGAGAAGGCGCCGCUGGUCUCGCCAGGCUUCCCUUAGGGCUUGGGCAGUUUUGGUUUCUGCAGGGCCUCCUUCCAGACCUGACAGAUGUCGCCACUCUAGACCCUACUGGCCGUGUCCUUCUCCAGUACGUCCAGCCGACAUCCCUCCUCCCUCCACUGUACCUAGAACGUUACACACACACAUCUGUUAACCUAGAUGCCUGAUGUCUAAUCCUAAACCAAUUAAGAAUGCUAAUCCAUGGGAGGCUAGAUAUGCAAAUUGCUCCUUAAUCUGGGGAGAACACCCUGAGUACCUCAAGGGAUGGGGCCCUGGAGAGAAAACACCUUCACAGGGCAUUUGCAUUUACCACAUCCUGGAAGUCACUGGCUCUUUGCCUGAUGUCUCCCACACCCUGGCCUUUCUGCCUUAAACUGGGAGACCAGCCUUAGCACGGAGGCAGCCCAAUGGGCUGAGGACAAGACAAAGUGGCUACUUUCCCGUAUGGUGGACGUGGGCGUCACUUCUGGGACAAGGAUGGUGUCCUGCUGUGGCCAUGUGCCAGGUACCAGCUGCUGCCACUCUAGGUGGCCCCCUCUCACGGAGUCCACUUGUAGCCGCCUGUUGUACAUCCUCCUCCAUGUGGGAACCUCAGCGGUCUGCUGCCUCCUGCUGUCAAGGACAGUAGUGGAAAAAGUCUGGGGCAAGGAGCAUGGAAUCCAGAUGCCCUCAGGGCUGUGCGCCCACCUGUUUGGCCACUCUGAUUGCCCAGUGCUCAGUGGCUCCGGGGCUGUGUACCGAGUAUGUGCAGGAACCGCCACCUUCCACCUGCUGCAGGCUGUGCUGCUGGUCCACCUCCACUCCCCCACCAGCCCACGGGCAAAACUGCAUCAUAGCUUCUGGCUUCUCAAGCUGCUGUUCCUGCUAGGUCUCUGUGCUGUGGCCUUCUGCAUCCCUGAUGAGCAUCUCUUCCCAGCCUGGCAUUACAUUGGCAUUUGUGGAGGCUUUGCUUUCAUCUUGCUGCAGCUGGUGCUUAUCACGGCCUUUGCCCAUUCCUGGAACAAGAGCUGGGAGACAGGUGCAGCCCAAGACUGUGGCUGGCUCCUAGCAGUGCUGCUGGCCACCAUGGUCUUCUACAGCAUGGCAGGUAUGGCGGCUGUGCUCCUGUUCCUCCACUACACGCACCCAGCUGGCUGCCUGCUCAACAAAAUGCUGCUCGGUCUGCACCUUUGCCUCUGUGUUCUCCUCUCCUUCCUCUCCACGGCUCCCUGCAUUCGCCUCAAGCAAACCCGCUCUGGCCUUCUACAAGCCUCUCUCAUCAGCUGCUAUAUCAUGUAUCUUACUUUCUCUGCACUGUCCAGCCGUCCUCCAGACACAGUAAUUCUUCAAGGGCAGAAUCUCACCCUGUGCCUGCCUGGCCUGAGUGACACGGGACCCCAGACCCCAGACACCUCCCUGGCAGUGCUGAGUGCUGGCAUCAUGUAUGCCUGUGUGCUUUUUGCCUGUAACGAGGCUUCCUACCUGGCUGAGGUAUUUGGGACCUUGUGGAUCAUGAAGGUUUAUAGCUAUGAGUUCCAGAAGCCCUCUCUCUGUUUCUGCUGCCCCAAAACAGUGGAGCCAGAGGAAGGGCCGAGGGGUAGGGCUGCCAGGCCAACUGACCAAGAGACCCCUCCAGCUCCUCCAGGGCAAGCCCAGCAUCUUUCCUACAGCUAUUCUGCCUUCCACUUCGUCUUCUUCCUUGCAUCACUCUACGUCAUGGUGACCCUUACCAACUGGUUCAGCUACGAGGAAGCAGAACUGGAAAAGACUUUCACCAAGGGUAGCUGGGCGACCUUCUGGGUCAAGGUUGCCUCAUGCUGGGCCUGUGUACUCCUCUAUCUGGGGCUGCUACUGGCCUCCAGUCUGGGACCUUCUCAUAAGCUGGGACUCCCUUGAGGUUGUGCCCCUAGUCUUGGCUCAGGGGAGCUGUCCAGCUCAGCUCAGUAUCUUAAGAACACAACAGGCAGUUAUCCGCCUUUAGGUUAGACAGUCAGUACUAUGUCUGAACUGAAAGAAGUGGCACAUGCAUCCUAAUGUCCUGGCAGAGUCUCUGACUCAAUGGAGCUCCCAUUAUGUCUUCAUCCCAGCUCAAGAGCCUAACUCCCAAGUCAGCAACCCAGGAAUCACUGCUGAUCCCAGCAGACAGUGUGGCACCAGUCCUUUCCUGGUUCUUGAGCUGGAGGUGGGGGUAGGGGAAGACCAACAGGGACUGAAGACUUGGCUCUGUCCUUGGAGAUAAAAAGGAAAACAAGCAGCUCAGCCCUGGGCACAGGAAUAUAAGCCCAGAACCACAGAACCAGGGCAAGGAAGAAAGGAGCCCAGGGCUAACCCUAGGUUUUAAUCCUGAUAUUAAGGUCAAGGGAAGACAAAAACCACCCUCAUUCCAUGAUGAAUGACAGAGCAAAAGAGAAUGUGAACACUCGAGAGCAGCAGGAUUUUUUGGCCAACUUUCAAGCAGGCAAACAGACUGAGGAAGAAUGAGAAGAGGGGCAUAAAGUUAGGUCUUGCAGCCUUUCCUCUUAGGCCCUCAACUUCAUCCUUGGGAUGGUGUACCAGGUCUGUGUGGGGGACAAAAAUCACAGAAAAGAAGUCCCUGUGGUUCUUAGAAGACUUCUCUACUACAUGCCCACAGUGCUUGUCUGUUGGUCAUUGUAUAAUAAAGAGUUUUUCUGUGAUGUUUCAUUUAUCAGCCUACAUAUCCACAACCUUUCAGGAGUCUAAAGUUAUCUCCCCUGUUGGUGGGAAAGGGCAGCCAUUCCUCCACCCCAUCCCCCCAAGUCCCCAUUCAAACCAGGCGCUCAAGGAAUUACAAAGCUACUUUUAAUACUUUGGGGUGAGCCCCACAGGAAUAAAAAACACUGGGAAGGGGUAACCCCCUCACCCCCAGGUGUGGCCCAGGGGGAGAGAGGCUACCUGAGGGGAAGGAAGCACAAAAGGGACCCGCUGCAGACUCAGGGCAAAGGGAAUGCCAUCGGUGCUGGGACCUGUGAGCACUACAGGAGGAAACGCGAGCGUGGUGGGACUGGCUCCAGGCACACAGGCGAAGGGCAAGAGGGUUGGACACGAAGCCACAAAGCUACUUGGGUUCCUCCUUCUUCUCGUUUGCCUUUUUCUGCUU